AUGGCUAGAACAAAACAAUCUGCUAGGAAAACAACAGGAGGAAAGGCACCACGCAAACAGCUGUCUGCAAAGUCUGCCCGUAAAGCGGUGUCUCCUGCCUCAAGUGGUGGGGCCAAGAAGUCAAGGUAUAGGCCUGGAUCUGUUGCUCUGAAAGAGAUCAGAAGAUACCAGAAGAGCACAGACUUUCUUAUUCGAAGGCUUCCGUUUCAGAGGGCUUGCCGUUCGGUUGUCAAAGAAUGUAGUAAUGCCACAGACAUAAGGUUCCAAGGACCAGCUCUUGCUUCAAUUCAAGAGGCCCUAGAAGUUUAUCUUGUUGGCCUGUUUGAGGAUGCUAUGCUUUGUGCAUGCCAUGCAAAGAGAGUCACUGUAUUUCCAAAGGACAUAAGCCUUGUUCUGAAACUUAGGAGCAGACACGUCAAAUCCAUCAGUGAUUAA